AUAAUAAUAAUAAUACGCAACAACAAACCCAACAACAACAAGUGUCAAUGUAGAUGUGUAUUACAAAUAAUAAGACUUUAUCAAUAAAAAUAAAAUUUUUUUUAUUCAUAGUAUCGCGGAAUGGAUACUCGUACAGUACACGCCUUCAAUGGGCGCGUCACAAUAUUUUUAUUAUUAUUUUUAAAUGUUAUAUUUAUUGUUAAUACACAAGAUUCAUUCAUUGAUGAUUCACGUAAAUAUAAUCGUGGUGGUGUUUAUGUACCACCAGGUGAAACUGGACAUCAAACUUAUGUUUACAAGGACAGAAGAUAUGGUUAUCAAUCAACAAAUUAUCUAGAUCCAAUAUACAGAGGUGGACCAGAUCAUAAACCUCAAGAUAGAAAUAAAUUUAAUGAUGAACAGGAAUCAGUGUAUUCUGCACCAGGUAUACUUGGUAAAUGGAGAGAAGAUUUACAGGGAAAAUAUCGUGAUGAUUCAAAAAAUUGGGAAACUAAAAGAAAUGUAUUUGUUACGACAAAUUAUGGUCAAGUACAAGGUUUUAAAGUACAGCUAUAUGAUAAUCCAGAAGAUGCACAUAAACCAUGGAGAUCAGCUGCUGAAAAAAGUCUUGCUAAUGUUGAUGUUUUUUUGGGUAUUCGUUAUGCAAGUCCACCAACUCAUAAUGGAAGAUUUAAACCACCAAUACCACCAAGUCCAUGGCAAUUGAUGCAAGCUGUUGAUUGGGGUCCAGCAUGUCCACAACCAAGUAAUUAUACUGGUGCAACUAAAGGAGUUCGUGAUGUUGAUGAAGAUUGUUUAUAUUUAAAUGUAUUUAGUCCAAAUGUUGAAUCAAGUGUUGCUAAAUUAUAUCCAGUUAUGUUUUAUAUACAUGGUGGUGAAUUUAUUCAUGGAGCUAGUAAUUUAUUUCCUGGUCAUAUGCUUGCUGGUUUUUAUCAAGUUAUUGUUGUUACAUUUAAUUAUAGACUUGGUGUACUUGGUUUUUUGAGUACUGCAGAUGAAAGUAGUCCUGGUAAUUAUGGUAUACUUGAUCAAGCAAUGGCAUUACAAUGGGUUUAUAAUAAUAUACAAAAUUUUAAUGGUGAUCCAAAUGACAUAACAUUAUUUGGACCUGGUUCUGGUGCUGCAAGUGCUGGUUUAUUAAUGGUUGCACCAAAAACAAGACACAUGGUAGCAAAAGUUAUUGCACAAUCAGGCUCAGCACUUGCUGAUUGGGCUCUAAUUAUUGAUAAAUAUCGUGUACAAAAUACAUCAAGAGUAUAUGCAUCAAAUUUAGGCUGUAAUAUUGAGAGUAAUUUUAAAUUAUUUAAAUGCAUUAGUUCACGUGGACCAUAUGAAUUAGGUAAUUCAGAAUUAAAACCAAAUAUUGGUAUGUUUCCUUGGGCUCCUGUGCUUGAUGUUGAUUUUAAAGUACCAUCAGACAAUUGGUAUGAUGGAUGGCGUGCAUCUGAUUGGCAUUUUUUAGAUGAAACACCUGAACAAAGUAUUAAAGCUGGUAGAUUUAGACCAGAUAUUAAAUAUAUGGCUGGUGUUACAACUCAAGAAGCUUCUUAUAUACUUGCAAAUAAUGAAACUCUUAGAAAAGAUGGAUAUAAAUUUAAUGAAACAAUGCUCAAACAAAAAAUAUGGGAAAUGGUAUUACGUUAUAAUUAUACAUUAAAUCCACUUGGUGUUUAUGAAGCUAUUAAAUACAUGUAUACACAUUGGCCAGAUCCAAAUAAUGAAACUUUAAUACGUGAUGAAUACAUAAAUUUAUUAUCUGAUUUUUUAUUUGUUGCACCAUUUGAUAAAAUUGCAAAAUUAUUAAUUGAAAAAAAAAUACCAGUUUAUUUAUAUGUUCUUAAUACAACUGUUGAAACAUUAAAUUUACCACAUUGGAAUAGAGUACCACAUGAUACAGAAUAUUUAUGGUUAACUGGUGCACCAUUUAUGGAUUCAGAAUUUUUUCCUGAUAAAUAUAAAAUUGAUCGUGAUAAAUGGUCCGAGAAUGAUCGUAAUAUGAGCCAUUUUUUUAUGAAAGCAUAUUCAAAUUUUGCAAAAUAUGGUAAUCCAACAAUAUCACAAAUAAGAGGUUUACAUUUUGAACAAGCACAACCAGGAUAUCUUAAAUAUUUAAAUAUAAAUACAACAUAUAACAGUUCAAUAUUAUUAAAUUAUCGUCAAAUUGAAAGUGCAUUUUGGACUAAUUAUUUACCAACUGUUAUUGGAAGAUUAUUACCAAUAUAUCCACCAAUAACUGAAUACUGGCUUCAAUCAAAUACACCAGUACAAAUUGCACUUUGGUUAUUAUCAAUAGCAUGUUUAAUUCUUCUUGUUGUAUCAUGUAUUUGCUCUAUGCUUUGGCAAAGUGCUAAAAGACAGUCAGAUCACUACUUUAACGGAGAUAUUUUGAUGGUACGUGAUGAUGAUCACUCGGAAGGAAUUGAAAAUGCAACAAGAUCAUCUAAAGAAAAUAUGCUUGAUUAUCGUGAUACACAACCAUUGAAAGUAAAAUUAUCAAAACAAAAUGAUAAUAAAUUACAAGAACGUCUUGCACAAAAUCGUAAAUUUAGUUCAACACCAUCAUUGAGAUCAAAUUCAAAUGUUUCAUUAAAGGAUAUGAGAAGUGAAGGAUUUGUAACAAGUUCACCAAAUGGACAACCACGUAUGAACAAAGCUUCCAGCCAAAAUACACUAACAACUAAGAGUAAAACUCAUUUAAUACAAGGCGUUCCUCAAACAGCAGUUUAAAUAUUUUAUGUAUCAAUUAUUUGAUAAUAAUUUCAUCAACAAUAGAUGACUACUGUCUAAUCAAAAUAACAUAAAAUAUUGUCACACUGAUUUCAUCGGAUAUCCGGUGAGUUCAUAACAUUAUUUUUUUUUAAAUCAACUUUGCAUUACUCAUAUAAACAAUGAAUCAUGCAAAUUUUUAAUUUAAUAAAAUAAUAGACCUAAGUAACUGCAAUUGUACAAACUAAAUUCGAAAAUUUUUCAUUAAAAAAUAUUUAUAAAUUUAACAAAAAAAAAAAUAAUAAUCCGUCCAUUAAAAAUAUAACAAUAAAUAUUAUUAUUUUUUUUUUUUUAGU